AUGUAUUUAAUAUUUGUAUAUGGCAUAAUUUUAUUGUCGAUUAUUCAAAUGGAUUGUAAAAGUAGAAAAUACGACGUGGAGUUGGAAGCCAGAAAAUUAUAUGGACAAGACUUAAAAUCAGUUCUUGAAAGAUUUAGACGAACUCCAGAGUACAUUGAGAUACUAAAUGAUGAGAAAGAAAAACUUCAAAUGGUAGUUGACAUGAACUUUGAUUCCAAUAAGUUGUAUUAUUCUACAAUCCUGGAGCAAAAAGUUAAGGAAAUUAUUACUGAAAAUAGCACUAAUCCAAGUAACUUAAGACAUAAGACCACACCAGGAGUAUCUUAUACUAAAUACAUAGGCCCUCACAGAAAGCCAAUAGUUCGGCAACACACUCACAACAUGAGUGGAGUGGAGAGAUUGGAGCAAUAUUGGCGGCUUUACCCAGAUCUGUCUUUGGACAUGCGAAAUCGAAUGGCCGACUUGGGCUUUGAAUAUUGUGGGUAUGCCAUACAUGGACUAAUCACUUCAGUGUUGCCAUCUGAAAAUUCAAUGUCUACCAUGCAAGCUCUAGACUCUGGAAGCAAAUAUCAAUCUACUCAUUACUCUCAUAAGAUAACACCAACAAACGGAGAUACCGAAGACAAAGGACAAGGGUUCCCAGACGACACAUAUAGAAACUUCAAAAGCAAAGCCUAA